AUGCCCUCUGACUCUUUCAAGGACUACUAUGCUGACCUUGGGCUCGAACUUGGGGCUUCGGCUGGAGCCAUUAAGAAGGCGUUCCAGGAUCUUGCUAAGAAACAUCAUCCAGACAAAUCAGGUAUAGCAGACGCCACGAUCUUCCGCCGCGUCCGCGAAGCUUUUGAGAAGCUCUCGGACUCAGAGUAUCGCGCUCAAUACGAUCGCUCCUACUGGCGCAGGAAGUUUCAGAAUGACGACAUUCCGACUCAAGAACAGAACCGCGGUGGAGGCGAAGAAAACUUUGGUGGCACACGUAAUACAAAUCAUGACGCUGAGACUCAAGAAGCCCGUAGCGCAAGUCCACCGCCUGUCAAGCCGCAACGCAAGCCCAACGAGCCAAGUUGGCAGUACUUCUUGGGCAAGGCCUAUACCACAUGGCAAAAGGAGGAGGCCGCUUACCGUGUGAGACACCCUGAAGUGCAUGAGAGUCCGCUCAGCAGUGGCCCGCCUACUCCCAAGCCUGGAGGUAUGGCACAUGGCAUGGUCGUUCUGAUGUCUCACCCCUGCGUCCAACAGAGUUGCGUCUACAAGAGCACAGCGUGGCGCCUCCAGGCCGGCGGCGGAGACCAUUGCGUAUUUUGUAUGGUUGUUCACACCGGGGGUAGGAGAUGUCCUGGCUGUGAGGUGCUGGCAUGUAAGGCUUGUCUCGAAAAGGUUCGCGCAUUGGAACGGAGCCCUUUUGAGGGAUUAAGAUCGAAGGCGCAGUACUGCUCGUCCGGUAGUUGA